AUGGUAGCAGUGCCAUAUUGUCGUUGUCGAGUUUUGUACAUCGGCAGUGCUGUUCCAACGAUCACCAAAGAUGGACUUCAAGGAAUCCAACAACCGUUACGUGAACGUUAUCCAACUGAAGAGAAUGCCGAUACACGUGGCAUAGAUUCUUGGCUUUCUGUUUGGUCCAAUGGUAUUUUAUUAGAAUACAUUGAAGGAGAUAAGAAAACGGAAACAGCAUUUCAUCCAAUAAAUUCAUUACAUUAUUGCGCUGCCGUACGUUAUGUCAAUGUCACGGGAUAUGCAAUUGAGGGUGGCGGUGAACGGUUUUUACCGUUGGAUUCACCGUUUGCCUGUAACGAAGAUUCACCUCAUCCGCCAAUGUUUGCAGCAAUUUUUAGACGAACUACCGGAAUUAAGGUUUUGGAAUGUCAUGCAUUUAUUUGUACAAAUUCGAAAGCAGCAAAUGCACUUGUACGAUGUUGCUUUCAUGCUUAUGCCGAAUCUAUGUAUGUAAAACUUGAUGAAAAAAUUCCUGGUUUAAAGGCAAUAAAAGAAGCUAGCCGAAGCAGUACUCCAAAUAGUCCAUCC